GUUUUACCUGUCAAAGUCAACAGGGGUGCAGCUCCAAUAUAGGGCUAAUGUGACUAUUCUCGUGGACAUAAACACAGAACUACAGUCUUGUGCUGAGUUCAACAACUGAUUUAGACCUGCUUGAAACUGUGUCUAUGUCUCCAUGACUAAAAUAGGCCUAAAGACUCGAAGACAAAGGAAUAUUUUUAAUUAGUAUAAUUGGAAAUGAAUCUACAUGAAAAGUAUAUACAUAAAACAUAAAACAGUAUAUUGUACUGCAUCCCAGCCUAGGGCACCCGUGAGAAAGCAACACUUGAGCACUACCGCAGAUAAGAGAUGGGGCAGGGUGUGGCCAUUGCCCCAGGACCCAGGCUCCAAAGGAGCAAGGUACAAAACAUUUGAAAAAAUAAUGUUGGCUCUCGGCUGCCUUGAUUUGAACAGCAGUUUUAAACGGACCCAUUCUGAAAUGGUUGGAUACCAGAACUGAAUUAGAAAAAUGAAUGACGGAGAUAUAAUAGAUUUACCAGUUAACGACAGAUUUCUGAAAGCUGUCAAGGAUGGUGAAAUCAGUGAUAUCGAAUAUAUUUUGAACAAUAAGGAUACGAACGAAUUGAACAUAAACCAUCGCGAUAAGAAAGGUCGGAAUGCUUUGGUUAUUGCUGUGAAUAAUGGCACUUUGUUGAUCAUCAAGACAUUAUUAAAACAUGGUAUCAACGUUGGAGACAGCCUAUUGAGGGCGGUUGAGUCCCAGUUCUUUGAAGCUGUUGUACUGAUAUGCAAUCAUACGAAAUCACAUCCUGAGGAUCGGGAAGCCAUCAUCGAAUGUCACACGGAAAAUGAUGAUUUUCAUCCCGAUAUUACUCCCAUUAUUCUUGCAAGCCACCAUAACAACUACAAAAUCAUAAAGGUUUUGUUGAAGUACGGGUCCACUAUUCCUGACCCAGAUACAUCUGAUUUUCUUCGAACCGAGAAGCAUACUCUUCAGAGAUCUGUCGGUACACUCAAUAUCUACCGGGCUCUUGCGAGUGAGGCUUAUAUUUCACUUACAAGUACAGAUCCAAUCGGCACUGCCUUUAGUAUGUGCGACCGCCUUCGAAGUCUAAGCAACCAGGAGUACGAGUUUAGAGCCGAGUAUAAUGAGCUUGCCGAACAAAUGGAACAGUAUGCAGCUGAUAUUCUAGGACAGGCCAGAAGUUCUGAAGAGUCAUCUACAGUUUUGACGCAUCAAGAGGACAAACUCUAUGACGUCAUAGAUCAAGGACUUGAUCACUGUCAACUUUACAAAGUAUUUGAGGCGAUUAACGUAGAACAGAAAAAGUUUGUUGCGCAUCCUCAUUGCCAGCAACUGUUGAUAAAGCGAUUUUACGGACAGUUUUCAUCCGUUCGAGACUGGGGAACCAUAAGUCAACUUGGUUUUAGUCUCACAGUUAUGGUCUUAUUUCCAAUUCUUUCCAUUAUCUAUUUGUUUUGUCCAACCAGAAGGUUAAAGUUUACAAUCCGUACACCGUACAUUAAAUUCUUGAUGGAUGUGGGUUCGAAAAUGUAUUUUCUGUCAUUUGUUUUGAUGACGACAGCAGUAUCGAAGCCGAUUACCGAAGUUGAUGCCGAUUUAGAUGAUCAGAACUUUAGCCAGCUUCCGAAUUGGUUACUUGGUAUCAUUCUCGCUUUUGUGUUAGGUUUAACGUGGCACGAGCUCAAACAGGUGUACGUAAGUGGGUGGCAGCGGUUCAAGAAUGACGGUCAAAAUUUCAUGGACUUCGUUUUACUAGUUCUAUACUGGAGUUAUUUGAUGCUUACAUUGAUGUCAUACCUUGACCUACGGCAGCAGAUCGAAGUUAAUAAUGCAGAAAUACAAGAUUUACAAGUUCGCGACCUGACGGUUGAUCAGUUGGAUGAGUACCUAACAAACAUUACGGUGCCAGACCUCAAGCAAUAUAUCUCUUCCUCUCUAAGCAACACAGAGUUAAGCAUCAACGCACAUACUAAAGAACAACUCACUCGAGUAUUGACAGAAUUAAUGAACAAUUUAUCUUGCAAUGUGCCUGUAGACACAUCACCCAGUGUUAUCACUGCUGACUCAGUGUCUUACUACAGGUUGAGCCUCGAUCCAUUCCACCCAGCUUUGGUUGCUGAGGGGCUGUAUGCUUGCGCAACUAUCAUUGCCUUUCUUCGUCUUUUAAACUUAUCUGUGGCAAGCCCGCUCGUGGGACCUUUACAAAUCUCGUUAGGAGGAAUGCUGUUGGAUAUUGUAAAGUUCAUCUUGGUUUUCGCAAUCAUCUGGUUUGCAUUCGCGCUUGGUCUGAACCAGGUUUACCAAUACUACGAAGAUGUGCGCCAUCAAGCAUGUAUUGCUGAGAAUGGCGAAGAAAACUGUCGUGUCGGUCCGUUCUUUGAUAUUUGGCAAUCUUUGCUGACGCUAUUUUGGACGCUUUUCGGUCUACAAGGAGUCACAAUUGUCCAGCUAAACGACGCAGACCACGCCUUCACUGAAAGCAUCGGCACCCUGUUGUUUGCCUUUUACCUGUUAUUUGCUGUUGUGGUGUUACUAAACGCUCUCAUCGCUAUGAUGAGCAAUACAUAUACACGAGUAGAAGAAAAUUCAGAUACAGAAUGGAAGUUUGCUCGCGCGAAAAUGUGGGGAAGGUUUCUACAGUUGAGGGAUACAGUUCCACCGCCAUUCAACGUGAUACCAUCCGUGAAAUGGAUGCGAGUGUUCUGGCAUAACCUUAGAUUCGAGUGGUGCAUCACCCGUGCCGCUUACCGAAGGCGUAAUCAGAGUAAACACAGGGACGUUCAAAGUGCCGAGCAACAGUACCUUUUGAUUAUUAAGCAACUCGUUACCAGAUACAUUACAGAAAAAACGACCACUACUGGUGAUACGGAGGCAGGUGUAAGCAGGGCAGAUGUCAUAAACAUAAAGAAUGAUCUAGCUGUUUUCAGGUACGAAACAUUUAAGAUGUUGACAAACCAAGAAAAGGCGUUCGUGUCGCUUAACACACGAUACAAUGAAAUUCGAGAACAGUUGCAGAAAGUGGAUGAUGUGUAUAAUAAAACUACAGAUCUAGAUACAAACGUACAAGAACUUCGAGACCGCACGCUAGAAAUCCGUGAGACAGUCGACGACAUGACAAUGUCUUUAUUACCUGGUUCAUCGAGAAGAAGUACCAGUAAUCUGUAAUAUAAACAUUUGUUUAGUGAUAAAAGAGAAAGGUAAUGGAUGUAUGUCGAUCAAUGAAACAACAUUUAAUUCAAAUUUAGUUAUCUAUACAGUAAUCAGAUAGGAUUUAUGUAAGUGAUAUUAAUUUCAUGAGAACUACCCAAGGCUCUUUUUCAUAACCAUUUGAUACAGAGAGCCAGUCGUGCACAGUGUUCAAACUGCUCCUGCCAGUACCACAUAACCUGGUUUAUGUGUCUAUUGCAUGUGUAGACAUUUAGUUAUCGUGUCACUCGUAAGGCGUAAGAGUAAAUCCGGCUUGACAGUUCAAAGUUCAGAAAACGUAAGUCUAGGCUAGACAUGUCAGCAAUCUUUUCUUGACCUGUUUUUCAUUUCAAUUGCCAACUUAAAAAGCGUGGAUGGAUGAGCUAUUUUUUUCCACAAUUGAAUGUACAGAUAUUCCUCCAAUUUCAAAUGUGAAUGUUUUCUAUUUGUGUGAAAAAACAAACAAACAAACAAACAAACAAACAGGUAUGCGUAGGCAGAAUAAUACUUACAAAGAGCAUAUUUGUUGCUAUAUUAAAGUUGCUACACUGUCGCUACCAAAGCAUUACCGUUACACCACAAUGCAAGAACAAUCUGAUAUCCUACAAGCUUGGUCUACGGAUUUAAAAUAUUUUUAAAAAUGGAGCAAAAUGAAAAUUAUAUUCAAAUUCUAAGAGUGGAAAUGGUUGGCUUAUCGGUUGUGGUUUGGACUCCCAACCUCGAGGUCGGGGGUUCAAAACUCUCGCUGUGCAAGUCGCUUGUGUCCUUGGGCAAGGAUAUAUUCCCCCAAUAUUCGACAAGGGGGGGAUGGUCCAUUGUAUCAUCCCCCCCCCUCCAAUAUUUGAUGAAAAUUAGCAUAAUUUAUUAAUGUUGAUAACAAAAUUAUUCUAUCUGGUAGCAAUCUAAGCUCUUCUUUCCUUAGAUGUUAGAUGUGCUUGCAAAUAAAGCCACAUUUUACACUCAA